UUUUUUAAUUUAUCAUUCGAAAGCACUUGAUAUACUUGGUAGAAGUAAAUAUUUAUUUGCUUAAUCAUACUAAUUAAAUUAAAAAAUUAUUCUGUUUUAAUAAUCGGACACGGAAUUUCUGUUAUGUCACAUUCGCGGAACUGUUAUCACAACAACCGCAAUCGUUCCAUGCUCAUCUCGCUUGCAAGGUAUACAUGUACCGGGUGGUACUUAUGUAGGUACCUUUAACUUCGCACGCAUGUAUACAUUCGCCGCUUAUGUCUGACGACGAACGAGAAAUAUUGCUAUUGGCUGCUGCAAAUCUCGCCAGCCAAUCACUGUCCGUGCCGUACUCGAUGACGCAGCAUGAGCGAGACACCGUAGCCGGAUGAACAGUCGCUAGGUAGCAACCGCCAACGGCGCCGAACACGUUGCCGCGGAUUCGCCUUAUUCGCUCGGCUCGUCGAGACUUUACCGCCAACGUCGCCGAACACAAAGAUGGUUACCGACCUGCUAGUUGCUCACGCGUGCAAAGGCUUUUUAUAUUUUGCCGAGUAACAACGCUUUACGAAAGGACAGAAAUACCGAGAACGUAUUGGAGGCGCCAAUCAUAGGAACAAAGGAACCAUGGCGGACGAAGAGGUUAUUAAAAUAUUGGACGAUUUAGGGCUGGAAGAUUUGGUGGAAACUUUCAAACAUAACAAGAUAACUAUGGGUAUCUUACCAAAAAUGAAUGAAACUUUAAUAAACGCCUUGAUACCAGCCAUAGGUGAUCGAGCUGUAUUUCUCGAUUUUUGGAAUAAGAAUUUUAAUAAAAAUCAGUCUAAUGAAGGUAGCAGUGAAAAAGCAAGUAAAAAAAGGAAAGAACGAAAUCAUGAUAAUGCUAGUAGCUCAGGUCCUCCAGCUAAAAAGGUUUCCAACGAAGAAAAUAAUAGCAUCGUUAUAAACAAACCUUUAAGCAACAGCGUUUUUGCUGUAGAAACAAUGAAACCUUUGGAUACCUUGUUUGAAGAAAGUGAUUUAGGUAGACAAGUAGUUCGAAAAUAUGAACUCAAGAAUGAGCUAGAGAAUAGCGACAGAAGUAAGGUUUGCAAUGUCAUUAUCACUGACUUAGUCAAUAGAAAAAUAAGGUUGAGGAACGAAACUGCAGCAGUUCUUGCUAAGAUGAUUGUAAAAAAAUUUCCUACAGAAGUAGAGUCAGUAUAUUACAGACCCCCUGUUUCCAAAAUUAAAAACGUAACAAAAUCAGGUGGUCAAAAUCGAUCAAAACCAUCAGGUGGAAAAUUAAUGAGUAUGUUUAGAAACAGAAAACACGAAGAAACGAAAUUAUCCAAAUUAUUACUCAAAGAAAAGGAUGAUAAAGAUAAGAUAACGCAGACUGCUAAUGAAUCUAAUGAUCAAGCUUCAAUUCAAGAAAGUGUGGAUUGGUUAUCCGUUAAUGUUGUACCAUGGGAACUCGUAAUUGAGCAUUGGAAAAAAACCUGCAAAAUACGUUGCGACGAGUUUAAAAACUCAAAAGAUAAAAAUUUAACCAAUUUUUAUAAAUCCUGGAAAUUAUACGAGCAUGUCCAAGGAUAUGAAUUGAUAAGUAUUGAUUUUGAGUACUUGAAGCUCACAAAAAUGUUAUUAAAUAUAGAACUUUGGAAAAAGUUCUUUGACAUUUUGAGAAAAAAUUCGCAAGUGAAUCAAAGAGAUUCAACCGCUGUCAGCUUGGAACAAAAACUUGCUUCUAAGAAUAUCUCUGAAAAUGCGAUGGUGCUUAUGAGUUUAAGUUUAAUUGCGCACUUGUACCCACCUAAGCAAAUGAAGAAGAUCAACAAAGAAUCCUUCAGGCCAUCGAUAGGACUUUCAAAAGAGAGCAUUUUUAAGAUAGCAAGUACCCCUAGUGAUAUGCUACUGGUGAAAGAAAAAGCUAGAGUGUAUGCAUCUGAGCGUAAAAUGCCUCUUCAACCGUAUAUAAUAAUUAUAGGAUCAGUUGAAGAUGUCCAGGAUACAUAUGUGUGUAUUGACGAGAGGUUAUAUAAAGUUAGAGGAGUACUACAUGCCUUAGAUACAUGCUUUAAAGCAUUCCAUGUUUUUGAUUUGGAGUAUCCAACAGCCAGUACUCAUUUGUGGUUAUUAAUCCAAAAAGGCAUCUAUCAAAUUCAUUUACCUUAUGAUCAAGAGAUAGCUUCCAUUCAACAUGGACCAAGCAAAUUAGUUGAUAAGAUGAGCACAAAGAAGCAUGCUGCUGAUGAUGAUUCCAAAGACGAAGAGGAUGAAGAAAAAAACGAAGAAGACAGUGACGACGAUACAGAAAGUGAAAACGACGACUCAUCUUAAAAAGUAAAUACUGUUUUUUUUUAUAAACGUCAUUUUUCAAAUCAAAAAAGUAUUUGUUUACUUUAAAUAUCUAAUGAUUAUAUGUGAUAUAAUCUUAAUUUAAAAUAAGAUAAGAUAAAAAACUUCGAAGUAUAGAAAUAUAAGACUGUACAAAAAAGUAUUUUAUAAUAUUAAGUGUUCAACAUGAUAUCUUGUGUGUUUUGCUCUGAUACAUUCGUAUCGCUUGAAAUUUUGAAAAUUCAUAUAAAAGUAAGUCACAACACACUACGGUACCUUGAAUGUCAAUGUAAUGUUGCAAAUUGUUCGUCUAAGUUUAGUAAUAUAUAUUCAUUGAUAAGGCAUUUAAAAGUUAAACAUGAUGUACCUGAAAGAAUCGAAAUUCAUGAGCAAGCUAUAAAUAACUUAAAUCACGAUUUAGUUAUACCUGAUGAUAUUCCUAAUGAGACUUAUGAUUCAAUCGAUUUCUCGGAUUUACAUUCCGUACAAGCUAAUGAAGUCCCACAAGAUAAAGUUAUUGACGUAACAGAAAAUGUUACAGUAGAAGAUUUCGCGAAUAAGGUUUUACAUUACGCUUUAACAUUUGUUACUCAGCUUUAUGCUUACGGUACUAUGAAUAGAAAAUUAACGAAUAAAAUAAUUUUUAAUAUGAGCACGAUGUAUAUUGCCCAAUGUAUGAACAUUUUAAUGGCAAAAUUUCAAAAUUUAACGGAAUUCUGUAAUAUGGCCAAAAUCAUAAAGAAUGGAUUCAAAAAAUUUAAAACUGAACAUUCAACGUUUGAGUUUCUUAAAAAAAUAGACUGUUAUUUUUCACCCAUACAAAUUGUAGUUAAAUCUUUUUUAAAAUAUGGAAAAAAGAAAAAAAAGUACCGAAUUUUAGUAAAAAAAAAUACAAUAAGUGUGAUACCUAUCAAAUCAGUUCUAAAAAAAUUUUUAGAAUUGCCAAAUGUAUUCUCUACAAUUGUUAAUCAUAUUGAAAAGAUUAAACAAAGUCCACUUAUUGACUCAGUAAUAAAAGGAGAAUUUUGGAAAAACAUUUGUUUGAAUCAAGGAGAUAAAAUAGUUCUUCCAUUAAAUUUAUAUUUUGACGAUGUAGAAAUUAAUAAUCCAUUAGGUACACAUAAAACGAUCAACAAAAUUGGUGCAUCUUAUUUUUCAAUACCGGUUAUACCUAAUCAAUAUUCAAGUAAAUUAGAAAAUAUUUUCGUAUUUCAGUUGCACAAAUAUGACAACCACAAAACUCUAGGAAAUCAUAAAAUGUUUAAUAAAAUAAUAGAUGAAUUCGUUAACCUUGAAACAAAAGGAAUUUCGAUUAAUAUUAAUGGCACAGAAAAAAGAAUCUUUUUCAUUUUGACAUAUAUUGUUGGAGAUAACUUAGGACUCAACACGAUUCUUGGAUUUAAUAAAAGCUUUAACUCAUUAUACUGUUGUCGUAUUUGUAUUAUGCCUAAAUCUGAGUUAAGAAAACGCACUAAAGAGAAAAUGCAAUAUUUACGUGAAAAAUCUAACUAUUCUCAAUACUGUUCUGAAAAAAGUUUUGGUAUACUUGAAGAUUGCGCAUUUAACAGAAUUCCUAAUUAUCACGUUACACAAAAUUUUUCGUAGACCCAAUGCAUGAUUUACUUGAAGGCAUAUGCCGAUACGAUAUUGCAAAAAUUCUUGAAGUUUUCUUGAUUACACACAAGUUUUUUACGAUUGAUGUUUUGAAUGAACGGAUAAACUGUUUUAACUAUGAUUCAAACAACCUUCCACCUCCUUUAAAAAUGGAAGCAAUUAAGAAAAAAGAAAUUAUUUUAUCGGCUUCUGAAAUGCUAAAUUUUGUCCUUAAUUUAGGCUUGAUUAUCGGAGAUUUAAUACCCCGAAAAAAUAAAUAUUGGACUCUUUAUUUAAUGUUGCGAAAAAUUAUACUGAUAACAAUUGCUGAUGCCAUUACUACAGAGAUAAUCGAAGGUUUUGACACACUAGUUUUUAAAUAUUUAACAUUACAUAGGGGUUUGUUCAAAUGUACAUUCAAAUUCAAGCACCAUAAUUUACUUCAUUAUUCCCGUAUCAUGCGUAGAUUCGGCCCUUUAAAAUUCAUGUCCAGCAUUCGGUAUGAAGCAAAACAUAAACAGAUUAAAGAAACCAGUAAAGCUACAGCAAGUCGAAAAAAUCCUGCGCUUACUUUAGCUAUAAAACAACAGUUACAGUUUUGUCAUAGAUUAGUUAAAAAUAUUGGAUUUUCUGAUAAUAUAUCUUGUGGGACUUCAUUGCAUAAAUUAGAUAAAUCUAUUGAUUUUAAUAAGUUUAAAGAGUAUUUACCGCUAAGUUUUUCAAAUUUGUGUUUUUCAUGUAUCAAAAUUCAUGGAACAAGCUAUGAGCCAGAUAUGGUUUUAAAUAUCACUGCAAAUUAUUUAAAUAUUUCCUUUGCGAAAAUAAAAUAUUUAUUUUUGAUCAAUGAAAACGAGGUUUGUUUUAUUUACAAUAAAUUAAAGGAAGAUUUGAAUCCGCACGUUUGUGGUUACGAAGUAUCAGAAACCAAUGAAUGGGGGUUUCUAAAACACAAAGAUUUAAUAGAUUACCAUGCGUAUAAAGUGCAUAUUAUGUCCGACCAAAGAGGUUAUGUAUUAUCUUAUAGUAUGGAUACUUUUGUAAAAUUUUAAUAAAUUCUCAGUUAAGUUCAAUGUU